CUUCCAAAGGAGUUCAACUUGCUCAUUGUUGCUUCUGGCCAGCAUUUAGAAAACCAAGCCUAAGCCUAUGCAGCAGCUUCUGACGGCCAUGCACCAGUAGGAUCGUGUGCGCUUUCAAACAAAGGCUUGGACGUCGUGCAGAAAUGUUUCCUUCGCCUGGAGAUGCGAUACGAACUAGAGCCAAUGGGGUCGUGCCCCACUGCAGCCAGGCAUCGGAUUGCAGACUCAAUGGGCACAGUGGCCUCCUAUGUAGAAGCACCAGUAAGGCCUUGGUCACCGGAGGCGGUGGCUAUUUUGGAUAUCAUCUGGGCUGUGCUCUCGCCAGUCAAGGAGUUAGGGUUAUUUUGUUUGACAGACAUAAGCCUAGAUGGGAGAUUCCCAACAAAGCAGUCUUCAUCCAGGGUGACGUAAGAGAUCAUGAUGCAGUGUUCAAAGCCUGUGAAGGAGUGGAUUGUGUUUUUCAUGCAGCAUCCUAUGGCAUGUGUGGAUCAGAGCAACUAGAAAAGGAAGAGGAGAUAGAGUCGAUAAAUGUGGGAGGAACAAAAGUAGUAAUUGAAGUUUGCAAAAAAAGAAGCAUCUCCAGGCUGAUCUACACCAGUUCGGUAAACGUUGUAUUUGGAGGAACUGAUAUUGAAGACGGAGAUGAAGAAACAGUGCCAUAUAUUCUACUGGAGAAGGAAGUUGAUCAUUAUUCACGAACCAAAGCCAUUGCAGAUCAGAUGGUACUGGGUGCAAAUGGUACCCUGCUUAAAGGGGGUGAUAAACUCCAAACUUGUGUUCUUCGCCCACCGGGCAUCUACGGACCAGAAGAGCAAAAGCACAUUCCACGUGUCGUGGGGAACAUACAAAGAAGACUACUGUCCUUCAAAUUUGGAGAUCCGAACACACUGAUGAACUGGAUUCAUAUUUCUAAUCUUAUACAAGGCCAUCUCUUAGCUGCUGUGGCUCUCACCGCUGAUAAAGACUACAUCGCUAGUGGCCAGCCAUAUUACAUACAUGACGGAGAGAACGUUAAUUUUUUUGAAUGGAUAGCACCACUGUAUGAAAAACUGGGCUUCCAGAAGCCAUGGAUACAUCUCCCUACAUAUCUUGUUUUGAUGGCAGCUACUUUUCUGGAAUAUGCGCACCUGCUCCUUAAGCCAGUUUUCAGCUUUACACCUUUCCUGACCAAGCGUGAGGUGAUGAAACUCCUGAUUACCCAUACAUUUCGGAUAGACAAGGCGCAGAAGGAGCUGGGUUUCUACCCAAAGAAAUUCAUGCUGGCCGAGACCGUCGAUCAUUACUUGAAGACAAGACCCAAACAUCAAGAUCAAUCAUGGCUAACCAUUAUAUUUCUUACAUUUGGCGUAUUUUGUAUGUUCAUUCCUUUUGUGUUCCUCUCGUUAACCCAUUCCUAAUACCUUUUUCUAGCGUGCAUGUAUUUUUAAGAAUUAAUGGCUGGAUUUGUCCCUUCGUUAGGGGACAGAUGGUGUUGGUUUCAAAGUCUCUUGAGGGAUAUUUGACCAGCCGCUAUUGUUUUUUUGUUGUUGUUGUUGUUUUAAGUUGACAUAUAUUGAAGUAAGUGCAUGAACUUGUUUGACCUUGAGCACUAUGGGAGAAAUAGCUCAAAAGAGUGCGCUCAGGUCACAGGAGGGGAGGUGUGAUCAGUGCUAGCCUUGGCUACCCCUUUUAACGUGAUCUUCUCUGGCUUUAAGGUAGCGCUUGGACCCGUUUGACCGUCCAGAGUGGGGCUGAUGGAAGCUGUAAGCAAAGACAGCUGGAGGGCCCCUGAUCUUGUCACGGUGAUGUUGAAUGUGUUGUUUGCUGGCUUUUUAAAAACAAACUGGUUGUGAAGUCCCCUCAGAGAUUCUGCUCUUCCGUGGGCCAGGACCGAAGGUGCUUAUACCUGUGUGUCUUGUUCUCUGUUCAUGCCAUAACACCAAAGAAGCCUGCCCUGUUAACAUACAGGUGGCAAACCCCUCCGACAUGAAAGUGGCUUUGUGGCUUUUCCCACACCUCCUUCCCUCCGCCCUGCAAUCCUAAACGGACGGACGGACAGGGCCAGCCGCAGGCCUGUGGCCAUCCCGAGGCAAUAGUUUCCAUGCACAACCGUACAAUAGGACUGAUCUCAAGCUGGAUCUGGGAGAAAAACAUUGCCAUGUAUCCCCUCACUCCUUAAGAGGUCCAGCCAGCCUGGGACAGGAAAGGUGGGGUGGGGAUGUUUUUGAGGAGGUGCGGGGGGGGGACAGGGACACACAUGCCCCCUGGCAUGGCAGGGGUUGGUUUGCAGCUGCUGCAGGUAGAAAGGUGGGUGUGGGAGGAAUUUCUAGGAAGUGAGAAAGAAAAAGACAUCAAAACCACCACCACAGAACCAGUAUGGUGUCAUAGUUAGUUAAACAGAGGUUUAAAUCCCCUUUAGGCUACAUGAAGCUCGCUGGGUGACCUGAGGCCUGUUGCUCGCAUCUCCCUCGCAUGGGUGUGAGGAUAAACUGGAGAAGGGGAGGAUGAUUCCUGCUGACUUGAACCCCUCAGAGGAAUGUUAGCACAUAAAUAGGGGGAAAUGUAAUGUAUACUGCGUGUAGAAAAUAAAGGCAAA